GCUAUAAAACAAUAUUUAGCUUUAUAUCAAUUAGAGCAGUUACAAUUAAAAAAUUGUAAUGAGCUUUAUUUUGAAAAAGAAUCUGUUAUAUUAAAACUAAAUGAUUAUGAAAUAUUUAGUUUGAUCGAUGAAAGUACUUCAUUUAAUGCUAAACAUCUUUUAAUUGUAGCUAAAUAUUUUAUUAACAAUAAACUAGUUUUGCAAUAUCUUAGAAUAAUUGAACUUACUAAUUGCAAUGCAAAAUCAAUUACUAAAGAUCUUGAAAGAUUUAUAAUUGCAAAAUCACUUAAUAUUAAAAAUAUAUUUUAUUUUAGAAGUGAUAUACAAAAUACUUUAGAAGAACUAGAGCUUGUAUUAUUAAAUAUUGUAUCUACUUGUUGGCUCUUAUUCUCAAAUAUUAUUUAUAAUUUUUACAGAAGUUUAAAAUUAGUUAAAGAAGUUUUAUUAGAAGAAGCAAUAACUAAUCAGCAAGCUGUCUCCUUAUUAACAGAUAUUGAUCAAGAAUUUGAAAUUAUAAUAAUCAAUGAAGUCUUACCUACUUAUAGUCCAAAUUUAUAUGAGUAUAUAGCAAACAAUAAUUUAAAUAUUGAUCAACUUCUGAUAUUUAUUUCUGAAUUUAUAUUAGCAAUAAUUGAGAGUCUUAACAAUCACUUUUCAAAUAGAGAACUAUUUAAUGUAUUAAAAAUAUUUGAUUCUGAACAAUUACAAAUUUAG